UUGGGGCGCUCUUCCCCUUGGCCGACCGUCUCAUCCCGCGCAACUUUGGGACAGCGGCCUUUUGGUGUUGAAUGUUCCCCUCCGAGAGCGCAUGGCUGGGGAAGCGAGGUGCUGGCCGGGUCCCCGAGGGGCCGCCGUCCGGGAGGCGGUGUUGCUGCCGCUGCUGCUGCUGUGCCUGGGCGUCCCGACCGGGCGCCCCUACAACGUGGACACCGAGAGCGCGCUGCUCUACCAGGGCCCCCCCAACACCCUGUUCGGUUAUUCGGUGGUGCUGCACAGCCACGGGGCGAACCGAUGGCUCGUAGUGGGGGCGCCCACCGCCAGCUGGCUCGCCAACGCUUCAGUGGUCAAUCCUGGCGCGAUUUACAGAUGCAAGAUCGGAGAGAAUCCAGACCUGACGUGCGAACAGCUCCAGCUGGGUAGCCCUACUGGAGAACCUUGUGGAAAGACUUGUCUGGAAGAAAGAGACAAUCAGUGGUUGGGGGUCACACUUUCCAGACAGCCAGGAGAAAAUGGCUCCAUCGUGGCUUGUGGGCAUAGAUGGAAAAAUAUAUUUUAUAUAAAGAAUGAAAAUAAGCUCCCUACGGGUGUUUGCUAUGGAAUGCCCCCUGAUUUACGAACAGAACUGAGCAAAAGAAUAGCUCCGUGUUAUCAAGAUUAUGUGAGAAAAUUUGGAGAAAAUUUUGCAUCAUGUCAAGCUGGAAUAUCUAGUUUUUACACUGAGGAUUUAAUUGUGAUGGGAGCCCCAGGAUCAUCCUAUUGGACUGGCUCUCUUUUUGUCUACAAUAUAACUACAAAUAAGUACAAGGCUUUUUUAGACAAAGAUAAUGAAGUAAAAUUUGGAAGUUAUUUAGGCUACUCAGUUGGAGCUGGUCAUUUUCGGAGUCCGCAUACUACCGAAGUAGUUGGAGGAGCCCCUCAACAUGAACAGAUUGGUAAAGCAUACAUAUUCAGCAUUGAGGCCAGAGAACUAAACAUCUUACAUGAAAUGAAAGGUAAAAAGCUUGGCUCCUAUUUUGGAGCUUCUGUCUGUGCCGUGGACCUCAACGCAGACGGCUUCUCAGACCUCCUCGUGGGAGCUCCCAUGCAGAGCAUCAUCAGGGAGGAAGGCAGAGUGUUUGUGUAUAUCAACUCUGGCUCAGGAGCAGUAAUGAACGAAAUGGAAACAGAGCUCCUUGGAAGUGACAAAUAUGCGGCAAGAUUUGGGGAAUCUAUUGUUAAUCUUGGAGACCUUGACAAUGAUGGCUUUGAAGAUGUUGCAAUUGGAGCUCCACAGGAAGAUGGCUUGAGAGGUGCUAUUUAUAUUUACAACGGCCGAGCAGAUGGGGUCUCACCAACGUUCUCACAGAGAAUUGAAGGACUUCAAAUCAGCCAAUCAUUAAGUAUGUUUGGACAGUCUAUAUCUGGACAAAUUGAUGCAGAUAAUAAUGGAUAUGUAGAUGUGGCAGUUGGUGCUUUUCGGUCUGAUUCUGCUGUGCUGCUGAGGACAAGACCCGUAGUGAUUGUUGAAGCUUCUUUAAAACAUCCUGAGUCAGUAAAUAGAACAAAUUUUGACUGUGUUGAAAAUGGAUUGCCUUCUGUGUGCAUGGAUCUAACACUCUGUUUCUCAUACAAGGGCAAAGAGGUUCCAGGUUAUAUUGUUUUGUUCUAUAACAUGAGUCUGGAUGUGAACCGGAAGAUAGAAUCUCCAUCAAGAUUUUACUUUUCUUCUAAUGGAACAUCUGAUGUGAUUACAAGCAGCAUGAAAGUGUCAAGCAAAGUAGCUAACUGCAGAACACAUCAAGCAUUUAUGCGGAAAGAUGUGCGGGACAUCCUCACCCCAAUUCAGAUUGAAGCUGCUUACCACCUUGGGCAUCAUGUCAUCAGUAAACGAAGUACAGAGGAAUUCCCCCCACUUCAACCAAUUCUUCAGCAAAAGAAAGAAAAAGACAGAAUUGAAAAAACGAUAAAUUUUGCAAGAUUUUGUGCCCACCAAAAUUGCUCUGCUGACUUACAGGUUUCUGGGAGAAUUGGAUUUUUUAAGCCACAUGAAAAUAAGACCUAUCUUGCUGUUGGAAGUAUGAAGACCUUGAUGUUGAAUGUGUCCUUGUUUAAUGCUGGAGAUGAUGCGUACGAAACGACUCUGCACAUCAGACUCCCCUCCGGUCUUUACUUCGUUAAGAUUUUAGAUCUGGAAGAGAAACAAAUAAACUGUGAAGUAACAGACAGUGCUGGCUUAGUAAAACUCGACUGCAGUGUUGGAUAUAUAUAUGUAGAUCACCUAUCAAGGAUAGAUAUUAGCUUUCUCCUGGAUGGGAGCUCACUCAGCAGAGCAGAAGAGGAUCUCAACAUCACAGUGCAUGCCACUUGUGCAAAUGAAGGAGAAAUGGACAAUCUGAAGCGUAACAAAGUGACUUUAGCAAUACCUCUCAAGUAUGAAGUUAUGCUAUCUGUACAUGGGUUUGUAAACCCAACUUCAUUUGUGUAUGGACCAAAGGAAGAAAAUGAGCCUGAAACAUGCAUGUCAGAGAAAAUGAACUUCACUUUUCAUGUUAUCAACACUGGCCAUAGCAUGGCUCCAAAUGUUAGUGUGGAAAUAAUGGUACCAAAUUCUUUUGCCCCCCAAACUGAUAAGCUGUUCAACCUUUUGGAUGUCCAGACUACUGCUGGAGAUUGCCAUUUUAAAAGUUAUCAAAGAAAGUGUGCAUUAGAGCAGGAUAAAGGUCCACUGGAGACCCUGAAAGACAUUUUCAGAUUCUUGUCAAAGACUGAUAAGAAGCUAUUGUUCUGCAUAAAAGCUGAUCCAUACUGUUUAAGUCUUUUAUGUAAUUUUGGGAAUAUGGAAAGUGGAAAAGAAGCCAGUGUUCACAUGCAGUUGGAAGGCCGCCCAUCUCUUUCAGAAAUGGAUGAGACUUCAGCGCUCACAUUUGAGAUAAGAGCAAUGGCUUUUCCAGAGCCUAAUCCAAAAGUUAUUGAACUAAACAAGGAUGAAAAUGUUGCACAUGUUUUCCUUGAAGGACUACAUCAUCAAAGACCCAAACGUCAUUUCACAAUAGCAAUUAUUUCAAGUAGCUUGCUACUUGGCCUUAUUUUACUUUUAUUGAUUUCGUAUGUUAUGUGGAAGGUUGGUUUCUUUAAAAGACAGUACAAAUCUAUCCUACAAGAAGAAAACAGAAGAGACAGUUGGAGUUACGUUAACAGCAAAAGCAAUGAUGAUGAUUGAAGACAUCUUUCAAAUUGAGAGGACAACGGACUCAGGUUAACCAAAGAAACUUAAGAUGUUGUUUACAACACUGACUUCUAUGUACUUACUUCUUUUACUCAUGACCUUGUGACAUAUUGGGUCUCCACGCAAAUGAAAAAUCUACGCAAUGAUUCGUCUUCGAGAGGAAAAUAACUGCAAAGGGAAUAUUUAAUAUAUCCAAAGAGAAUAUUUCAGCUCUUAAAUGGAUAGAAAAACACUAAAGCAUUCAAUUUAUUCAAGGUAAGUAAUCCCUCGAAGAUAUUGCAUCUGAAUUCAAUCACAUUGAAGAAGUAAACAACUCAUUUGGAGAAGUCUUGGACUUGAAAUAGCAUUCCUUUAAAAGAAAUUAUUUACCAUAUGUGCUUGCUUCAGUAAAAUAAAUUCCAUGGAUAGAUAAUGAUUCAUUUCUAAUAGUUCUUUGAGACUUGUUUGAAAAAUCCUGCUAAACAUCUUCAGAGAACAUACUUCCAAGAGCUGUUCCUAAAUUUUUGAAUGGAUACAAGACGACCACUAAUGUUUUAAAAGUGGAUUUUAUCUUUAAACACCUCUAUUUGUAAUACCUUCAUGAUGGGCUCUGAUUUAUUCAGACUAUGUAGGAGGAUUAUGAUCCUGAUGAGCAAACUUCAGAAUGAACUUGUACACUGGUUUGAGCUUAAUAAGAUGACUUCAGAAUAAUUGUUUAUACAGCUAUGGGUUUUUUUUCUUUCUGUAUAUAUACAUAAUGUUUUAAAAGAAUAUGUUUAUAGAGGUAUUAAUCCGCUAGUCAUCUUAGAACACAUUUUUAUUAAGGGUACCCAGGAGUAAAUUUCUAAAAUCCAUUUUCAGUGAAAUUUUUUGCUUAUGAAAACAAUACUUAAAAAUUCUAAUUUAUGUUCUGAAACAUUGUGAAUGUUGCACUUUCGCUGAUAUUUCAAAUAUUAAUACACUGAUAUAUGUAAAAUAUGGAAACUGUACCUCACUAAUGACUCUUAAAACCAAAACUCUACAAAGAGCCUGAUUAGAGGCCAGUAUUUCAUAUAAAAAUUAGAUAGUGAGUAAAAUAUUGACUAUCAAAUUAAGCAAAUGCACCUCCUUGUUUAGAUGUUACUCUUUCUCUUCAAAACUAUGUAUUAAAUGUGUUUUUAUCAGGUCUAUAAGAGCAUUCUCUUCUGCAUGGAACUAGAGAAACAAAAUUUAGAAAUCUAACUUUACCGAUUUUGCUUGUUUUCAGUGAAUAAAACGUGCCAUCAAAAUUUCCAUCAUAGAGGUUUUAGUGACGAGUGAAAUAUUGCCUUUUCAUUUGCAGAUACAAUCAUUUUUUGUAAUAGUUAUUCAUGCAUAUGACCUAGAUUCUGAUAGCUGAAGAUUAUAAUUUCAUCUGAAUUUAUUUAUUCUGUCUUUACAACCUCUGUAUAAGGAAGCUGUAGGCAAUUUUGAAAAUCUGUUAUUGGAAGUGAUCAGGUAGUAAGUAAGACUUGCCUCUAAUUUAGCUAUUAGGGAAAAUAUCUCCUUAGCGGAAGCCCUGCCACCAGCUGUCUCUGUCAGCUGAAAUUUCUAGAAGUUACCUCUUCACAAUCCCUCAGUAUAUAAUUGCUGGCCCCAGAACAAGGUUGUGAAAGUGACUGGGUUUCACUCCUCGAAUGCUGAGAGCAGGAAACCUCCUGAACUCACUGUCUACCGGUAGUAAUUAAGCUUUAAAAAGUACCCUUUAUAUAAGCAAAAGAUCUGUUUUUUCAUUACUAAAAAACAAAGUAAGUCUUUCAGGAGAACCUCUGGGAUCAGUGGUGGAGGAUGAUCCCUGAGGCAAUUGAAAUUGGCUCUUUUCUGAAAUGAUAGCAUUUUCGGUAUUACUGAGUACAUUGAAACCAAUGUGUUAUAAUUGUUGGAUAACAGGACUUUCAGAAGCACAAAGAAUGUAUCUCCUAGACCGUGUGAUAUUUUGUGUAAUUUAAAAUUUGCUAUAAACUUCAUCUGUCUUACAAAUUUUAAAACACUUUAAAGAAAAUCAACAGUUUUCAACUUUCAGGGAAUAGUCACAAAAUUGGUACCAUAACAAUUUCUUUCCUUUUUUGGCAAAUAAUGUAGAUGUUGGAAAGAUUUGAAAUCUAGAUUAGUACCUCAUCAGGGCAUCCUUACAUAAACUCUAGUCCACGUGUACCAGGCUACAGGAAAUUUCAUGUCAGGACUGAUGGACUCAAAUCCUGAAAAGUUAAAACAAUCAUCCUGUAAAAUCAGUAACUCCAAAGUAAAAGAAUUUAGAUGUUUUAAGUAUAUGAAAUAGUUUCCAUUCCAAUGCUUUCCAAAACCCAUAAAUGGUUAUAUUGCCUAAUUUUUUUAAGCUCUAGAAGCUAAUUUUUAGUAACAAAAUAGCAAAUUUCUUUAAAAAAUAAGAAUUUUGUUUCCUAUUAGGAUAUGUUUAAAGAAUGACCAUAUUCCCUCCCAUUAAAAUUCUAUUUUGUACAUUCCUUUUAUAAACAAUUACAGUUAACUUCAGAAUCAUUCAUUUCUUCCAUGCUUCCUCCAUAAAGAUUGAUAAGUCUUGGGUGUAAUCUGUAAAAAAGAUAGGUGUGAUUAUUUCAUCAACCUAUCAUUGUUCACAUAUAGAGUAUGGUACAUGAUACCCAAUACAAAUCUACCAAUAGUUAAACAUUGGAAGAGCUGCAAUCUUGUAAAACUGGGGGGCCUGAUAACUCAGCACCAGUGAUUACUAUAAAAUCCAGGCAUUGUGCCCAUAGAAAGCUCACAGCUAGUGGUGUGCUCCUGCGUACUUUUUACCCAUUGAGGCAUAAUGCUUACCAACAAUGAGUUUGCAUAGUCUUAAACUUGUUUGUGCCAGUUGUUCCUGUUACUUAUGUACAAUUGUGUCUGCAUGAAGUAAGUUGAAUGCUUUGGAAAGACUGGAAAUAUCAAAUGUAAACUGUAAUCCUGCAUUAUCUGUAUAGUUUAGAGAGAAUGAUAAUUUUACAAUGCCAAUAGAGACUCAUAAGUUGUGGUUGAGUCUAUAUGAAAAUGCUUUGGGUGUAUAUAACAACUGAAUAAGUGUAAAGUUAUUUAUUAAAAUUGUACAUCGGUC